AAGAAAAGAGAAAGUACAAAUAGCGCCAUCGGUGGACAAACGCCUAAAUUUGCAGUGAAAAUUGUUCCAAGCUCAUGCUUCGUUUCUAUGUUCUAUAUUCCUAGGCUAUAGAUUAGGUUUCGUUGACUCGUAUCAUCUUUAUUCUUCUUCUUAUACUGUGGUUAGAAGAUACAAAACCGUUGUUACUAAAUCAGAGUUAGAAUCUGUCCUGUGUAAACAUACUCGGUGAUAUUCCACUAGAGCAUGUGAUUAUAAAAAUAUUCUAAGUAUCAUACGUGGUCAUACGUUGAUAUACGUAUUGUUUAUCGUGUACGUGUGUGGAGAUUGAAAAUAAAGAUAUAGAUUUUGAAAAUUUACCCAACGCACCAACGAUUUCUACGAGUAUUCGCAACGAGUGGUUACUUCUUUUCGAAGAUCGCUAGAUAAAUGGGAAAGAUCAAGAAAACACCAGAAUACCAUGGCAGUCAGUCACAAAACAUAUUACAGAAUUUGAGGCUUAGAGACUUUGGAUUUCACACAAUAUGUAAACCCAGUACGCAGUUGCAAUCAGUAGCAGAAACAAAUCUUGUAUUGAAGAACCAUAAGGAAUUGAAAUGUAAUCUACCUGGGAUAGCUCGAGCAACGUUCUUAAUGGUUUUCAGUCCAGAUGGGACUAAGAUGGCAUCGACUCAUGGAAAUCAUAAUGUUUAUAUCACCGAAGUUACAACUGGCAAAAAUAUUAGAACACUCUCUGGUCAUCCUCGUACUCCAUGGUGCAUUGCAUUCCAUCCCUCUUCCAGUCAGAUUUUGGCUUCUGGCUGUUUAGGUGGUCAAGUUCGUGUUUGGGAUUUGAGUGAUGGCAGUGAAGUUUGGAAUGCAGAGAGUCAGACAGUCAUAGCUUCGCUUGCCUUUCAUCCAUUUGAGAGAUUACUUGUUAUAGCAACAUACAAUGAAAUACAUUUUUGGGAUUGGAGUCAACCAGAAGCGUUCGCGGUAGUAACCACUAAGACUGACAAGGAAAAAGUGAGGUAUGUGACUUUCGACAAAUUGGGAAGGAAACUGAUUACAGGUAUCGCAAACACACCACAAAUGCAGCUACAGUGGAAUUGCCCUCCUAUAGAGCAACCUUACAGAAAUGUGUUAAGGUAUUCACGCAAUGGGACACAAGUUUUCAAUACGCUGCCUGGAUUUCAUUUAAGGAAUCAUGGAGCAACAUAUGGAAGCCAACUACCAAACAAUUAUGCUGAGAGAACCACUCAACAUUCAGAUAAUUGGGUACAAUAUAGGCGCAUCGUGACAUUAGAGAAUUGGUUGAGAUUGAAUCACACUAUUUACAGUGCUUGUUACUUUAUGCAGCGAGAUCGCGAAGGGUCAGCUAUUAAUAAUCAAGAUUGCAGACUUAAGUUACGAUUGAGGGAAGUUCAGCAGCCUAGAAAUAGUUUUGAGAGCACUAGUAACACUCAAUUAGCGACUAAUUUAUUUGGUACAUUUGCAAAUCAUAAUAACAUGGAAUCAAAUCAAAAUGGACACGCAAUGAAUAAAAUACACAUUAACGAGGAAGUUCAUGAUUGUAAUAACUCGAAAAGUAACUCAGAAUGUACGAGUAACUUUAAUAAUGCUUCAAGCAACGCAAAUGGUAACAAGGAAUCAUUAGCAACUGUAGCGAAACAAAGUUCUGAUUCUGUACAUGUAAAAAAAGAAAGAUUGAGUCCCUAUCGCAGACAUUUAAUUAAUCAAUAUGAAACACUUACUAGAAGAUAUUUGAACACGGUUGAUCGUGGGACUAAUUCGUUGAGCAUACUAGAGACAUCGAUGUUAAAUUUAGGGGAGACAGAUUAUAGGAACAAACAAACAAAAGUGUCGAUACGAAAGUUCAUGAAUACGAUGAAUUCCUGCGUUGGAGCUGACAAUGUAAGAUUGAGAAAAUUGGAACGAUAUCAACGAUUACUAUUAGUGGGAUUUAUUAUAAAUUCAACGCAAUCGAAAAGGAAAAGCCCUCUUUUGGAUUUAAGGGAAAUUUUAAAUGCUGUGCCAGAGUAUGCUACAUCUUUGCAGAUGUAUCCGAUUUCAAUGUUAUCUUCCUAUCCCAUGAAUAGAAACUUUAAAUUAUCUAUACUGUGUGAUAAUGCAGGAGUAAGGAAGAACAUGGAGCUCCGAUUCAGAAAUAUAAAAUCCAGAAUUCAACGAUUCAAAAAUAAAUUCACCACGUACAAUGCUUUACGAAGAAAUCGAAGUUUUGCAGAGCAUCACUCUCAAGUGAACUUGAACUGUUCUGAAUGGGGGAACCUCGAAGCAAGGAACGAACAGCCUAGUACAAGCUCAAGUUCGUCUAAUAGAUUAUUCCAGAAAAUACAACUUCUUAGUGAAGGUGGAAAUUUGAGCUCUAGCAGUGAUACGUUUAGAAACUUUCACAUAUAUCCAAACUGGAAUUCGAAUAUUAGAGAUAUCAAGAACUGUGAAGAAAGAUUCAACAACAAUAGGAAUUGUAAUUUGAGAAACAGUAUGACGAAGAAGAAAGAAGAUGAUGGACCAGAUCAACUCUUGAGACAAACUAACUCUGCAUCUUCUACUGGAAACAACUUAUCUGUAACAACAAUAUAUGAUUCAGCGUCUCAGGAUACAGUGCAAAGUCAAGAAAUGCCUACAAAUAGUUUGAAGGCAAUAGGACUGGAAAGUCAUAAUCUACCUGGUAAUAAUAAACCGAACAGUAUUAUUAGAAAUAACAGAUUGUCAGCUUCGAAGGAUAAAUAUAGAAACUCACCCUUACUAUGGAGAGUAUUGGACCGAUUUCAAAGGAAUCUGUAUACAAUUGUCUCUGAUAAUAUUGCAAAUACGCAGAGUAUAUUGUUAAACAAUGAAAAUAUUGGCAAGCAGUCGGAACAAUACAAUUCCUCUACAACUGGACAGAUGCAAAUUUUUUCUUCAAAUAAUAGAAAUUCAUUAUGGAAUCAAGAAAAUUUUUCGACAUCCAUGUGUUUUAGUAACACUCAAUGCAAACCAUCCUUAACAGAAGUUAAUUGUAACGAUAACUCCUCUCAGAUAUCAAGUGGCAACUUAAAUCCAGAAAAUCAUCGAAAUACCAUUAAUAAUGUGAAAAUAUGUAACGGAACAUUGAAAGAUCCUGAAAUGCCUACUCCGAGUAGUAAUGCAAACUAUUUACAACAAGAAAAUAAACCAGAGAGUGCAGAGUCGCAACUAUUAUCUGUUCAGCGUGCAAAGUUUGUGGAGCUUUUGAAAGUUCGUCAGGAUAUUAAAUUACUUAAUCGUUACAUUGACAACAGGAAAGAGCUGUGCCGAGCUAGAUUGGAAAUAGCAAGACUGCGACAAAUUAAAAGUAAAGUUUGUGAUAACUUGCAAAGACCAUUGACGUUUCAUCAAAAUAUUCCUUUAAAUGCACAACAUGAAACUGCAAAGAAAGAAAAGAAUGAAAAUGAUAAUAAAAAAUACAAUCAGAGUCAACCGUCAACAUCGAAAGGGAUUACAAGUCUUGAGAAUAAUUACGAUAGAUAUUUUAUACGAUCAAUAAAAAAUACAAUGCAUAGAUCUCACUUAAAUUUGUUUUCUGAUGAAUCUCAAUCGCAACAGAUACAAGGACAUAAUUUCUCACAAUUACAUAAUGAUUUUCACAUACAUUCUGCCAACUGCACUGAUUCCAUUCUGCCAACUGAGAAUAUAAGUGACCAGCUACCAAGCAGAUCCAAUUUGGUCUCUGCCACAGAAAUCAUCAGCGAACCACAAUUAUCCGGUGUCUCAAAUUUUGCCAAGAGCGUGUCUAGUCAUUCCGCAGCAAAUACAUCUCAAACAUCAAUUGUAAAUAGUAACAAAGAUACAAAUAAUAGUACUAAUGAAGGGUGCAACAAUGCAAUUACAAGUUCAAGAUCAAUAUAUUGUCGACCUAAUUCAAAUUUAAAGACCACAAUUGAAGCGAUAGCGAAUACUUUCUCCAUUCAUAAUAAGGAGCAGGGCCUGUGUAAGAAACAUGGAAGAAAAAAUUUUUUUGGGCGUUUGAAGUCGUUCCACUUGCACCUACUGAAUCGAGAUUCCAGAGCACAAAGCAGAAAUCAAACCAGUAACGAUGGACGGAGUAAUAACAGAGUAGAGAGCGUUGAAUAUAGUAAUGGGAACAGCAUUUCUCAACAAACCUAUUUUCAACACAAUAUUAAUAGGGGGAGAAGAAACUUCCAGAGAAGUUGGAGGAACGCACCGUCUCUUAAUAGAACCAUUAAUAGACCAGGCAAUCAAAGUACUGAAUUUAGGAACCAAACGUUUAACGCAACUACGGAACGUUCUCCUCAGAGUGAAGAGAACCCAAGGUCGUCGACGAAUUAUCAGAGAUUUGUCUCCCCCCAUUCUAUCUCACUUGACACGUUGAGAAGACAUUACUCCCUGCCGAGAAAUCGCUUAAACGUUGAAUACAAUUAUGAAGUAAACAACAACCGACGAUUUUUUUAUAACGAACUGUUAUCUCGUAGGCAACAGUUGAACCUUCCUAUAAUGAACUUGCCAGAAAAUUCUCAACGAAGACGCAUACAUGAUCGGUAUUAUAUAUCGAACAACUCUCGUUACUCCGUGUAUACUGGUAGCUUAGGGCCACGGACGAGGGGAGGAAGUGUUGGACAAGACCCUAGGAACGAGAGUGGCGAUUUAAAUCUUGGAGAAAUUCAAAGCUAUCGUGUGCAAGCAUGGGAUUUUUCCAACGGUGAAAUACCUGACAUCACCAAUUCUGAGAAAAAUAUCGUCGUUCACGAGUGCAAGAUACACAAUGAUGCGAGCGUAGAUAUCUCUUCGGAUGGAAAACUUUUAGCAGCACUCCUUCCAUCAGGUCGAAUCAACGUAACAACUACAUUAGGAGUUUACAGUUUGCAGUGGGAGACUUUAGGAGAAAAAAUUUAUUCUACAAAAAUAGAUCAAUCUGUGGUUUCUGUAUCGAUAUCACCAACGCAGCAGCACCUUUUAGUAGGUCUUGGGAGGAAGAUUCAUGUUCCAGCAAAACCUUUUUUUAUGGCUUCGAUUUACAAAUUAGUCGAUACGGAAUCCCAAGACGACAAACGGACGUCAUUGGAUGAAAACGAUGCAAAAUAUAAUUUAUGCAAGACUACAAAUUUUUAUAACAAGACUGCGGAAUAUACUAAUUAUAUAAAUAGUAGUACGUGUAAUUUAAGAGAGCACAAUGCUGACAACGACAGACUGUAUGGCCAAGACUGGAAUACUUGUAAUAUGGAAAGUUGUUUAAAUAUUAACGAUAAGAAAAAGAAUAUGGUGUUGAUUAGAGAAUUGCUACAGAAUAAUCGUGAAACUACUGGUUAUGUAAGUUUAAAUUGUAUCAGGUGGGCACCGCAACCUGGACAGGGGUUGGUUUAUGCUACCAACACUGGACAGCUAAAUAUUCUUCAUUAAUGUGCUUGUAGUAUUAUGAUACAAAAAUAAAAAAUUCAAUUCCAUAUCAGUAGAAUUGCCAGAUUAAUAUUUAAGACUUUAAUACAUUAUAUACUAUGCGAAUA